UCUCCUCCGUCUCCGUCCACUGCACCGCACCGCACUUCACUGCCUGUCUGUCUGUGCCCUCCCUUCCACUCUCUAGUUCAGGGAUCAGCCAUGGGCUUUGUGGGUCGCGGCUCAGUGGUUCUCUUUCUCGCCUCCUCUGUGGCUCUCGUCUGCGUUUGCUCCGCGGGUUCCGACGCGCCUCGGGGAGUCGCGGUCGGGUUCGUUUUCGACCCCAAAGCGAAGUGCGACCCGCCGUGCGAACACGCAGGAAUCUGCAUCCGAAACAACACAUGCUUCUGCUCCAGGGGCUAUGAAGGAGAGACCUGCCAGUAUGCCAACUGUUAUCCCAAAUGUAAGAAUGGAGGAACGUGUCUUCGCCCUGGAAAAUGCAGAUGUCUUCCUGGAUAUGGAGGAAGAUACUGUCACAAAGUGACGUGUGAUGGAGGAUGUUGGAACGGAGGAGAAUGCACUGCUGUCAACGGAGUGGCCAAGUGCAUCUGCCCCUCGAGUUGGACCGGCUCAAAAUGCCAAGACGCAAUUUGUCCUCAAGGCUGUAGGAAUGGGGGAAUCUGUGUGGCUCCAGGAAUCUGCAGCUGUCCGGAGGGAUGGCUGGGUGGUGCCUGCCACACUGCUGUGUGCUCUCAGCCCUGCCUGAAUGGAGGGAAGUGUAUUUCUCCCGACAAAUGCCGCUGUCGCCCCCCUUAUUCUGGCCCUCACUGUGAGGAGAGGAAAAAGUCUCACUAGUGUGACCCAGCCGGAGGCUCAUCAGGGACUUUAUACUUAAGAGGACAGUUACAUUUUUUUAGCUGAACAUUGGUAGUUUUUACAUUUUUACCAUGUGAUAUGUAAUUCUUUUUUUUUAAGAAACAUUGGACAUGUCUAAUGUUCUCAUUUGACUGUAUAAAAAUGCUAUGUACUAUACUGUAAUUUGUGUCAUUAAAUGAAUAAAAGAAUGAAUUGCAUGCAUUAUCAAAGCUCAUUUAACAAA